UCGUCACUUUUGCUCGUUCUCUUCUUCUUCUUGGAACGAAAACAGGGUUUAAGAAAAUGGAGAAUUAAGUGUUAGUAAUCGUUCAUCUCAGAGACGCACUAAAGAUUUUCUUGAAAUUCCCAUGGCGGAGACAAUCAAUGACCGGUCACAGAUCGAAAUUAAGCCUCAAGAACCACCUCCCUUCAUCUCCUUUGAUUUCUCAGAUGAAGUAUUGCUAGAACAGAGGACUCUGUUGUUGAGGUCUCGCUCACAGAGGAAGAAGAACACCUGGGUUAUUUCCCUCUUUGUGUUUCUCCACAUUGUGGCCUUUGCUGCAACUAUGUUUGUCAAUAAUUGCUGGACCAAUUCAAAUGGCGAUUGUCUGCUGAAAUUUCUGGGAAGGUUCUCGUUUCAACCCCUUUGGGAGAAUCCCGCCCUUGGUCCAUCAUCGUCCACGUUGACCGCAAUGGGGGCUAUUCGGCGGGCCCUGGUGAUUCAACAGCAUCAAACAUGGCGUCUUGUUACAUGUCUUUUGUUGCAUGCAGGGGCUAUCCACUUUAUCAUCAACCUUUCAUGUAUUCUCUUAAUCGGCAUUCGCUUGGAGCAGGAGUUUGGACCAUUGAGGACUGGGAUAAUCUAUACAUUCUCUGCUGUUCUUGGUGGUUUGACCUCGGCACUUUUUGUCCAUAAUAGCCCAGCUGUUGCUUCCUCUUCUGCUCUCUUUGGAUUAAUUGGUUCGAUGCUUUCUGGCAUUAUUCGGAACUGGGAAGUUUACAGUGAUAAGGUUAUCGCACUGGUGUCACUUUUUAUUAUUACAACUGGCAAUCUCAUUCUUGGUUUGCUACCACAUAUUGACAAUUUUUCAAAUAUUGGGGGACUUCUAUCUGGGUUUCUUCUCGGGUUUGUGCUUCUAUUCAAUCCUCAGCUUGUGGAAGUGGCUCAAACUAAAGAAGGCCUGUUUGAGUAUAAAGUCAAAAGUUCUGUUAAAUUCAGGAACAAAGUGGACAAACCCGUGCAGAGGACUCUCUCUCUUGUUCUCUUUGCUCUUCUCUUCACAGUAAGUCUCCUGGCAGUCCUUCAUGGUGUGGAUGCAAAUAAGUACUGCAGUUGGUGUCAUUAUGUUGAUUGUGUCCCCUCUAGAAGGUGGAGCUGCAAUGAAAAACCAAGCUCUUGUGAGGUCCUAGUAAGUCCGGGGAGAUUGACAUUUACUUGUAAAAGUAAUGACCACUUUCGAGUUUACCUUUUCACAAACAUCUCUCGAGAAAGAAUGGAAGACUUGUGCAGUCUGAUCUGUGCCUAAGGUGUGAUAGUAAGUGUGCAGCAAUUGACAUUUACCUGUGGAGGUUAACAACUUUUAAGUUUGCCCUUUCAUCAAUAUCUCAGGAAUGCAUAGAGGACCUGCGCAGUCAAAUCUGUGCCCAAGCUUUCACAAUUAAUUUGUCAAGUUCUGUAGAGAAACUGGAUGGAUGUUCAAAUUUUCACAUCCUUUGUGAAACAUUCAUUUGAACAUGUAUAAGUUGUACUUGUUUCCAAUGAGCACAGUGCAAAUGAAAGAAAUGAUUCUUGUAUGCAAGAUCAUACACCGAUUGAUUUUCCUAA